AGGCCUAGCUGCUUGGACAUGGCGGUGACUCUGAGUCUCUGGCUGAGCAGGCGUGUGUGCGCUGCUGUCGCGCGCUCCGGGGUCGCGACCCGGGGGGUGGUGGGCCUGGGCCCCUUCGGUCGCGAGCCAGACUCGGACUCCGACUGGGAGCCGGAGGAGCGGGAGCUGCAGGAAGUGGAGAGCACCCUGAAACGACAGAGAAAAGCAAUCCGAUUCCAGAAAAUUCGGAGGCAAAUGGAGGCGUCAGGUUCCCCGCCCCGAACUCUGACAUGGGCAGCCAUGGAGCAGAUCCGGUAUUUACNCAAGGAAUUUGCAGAGUCCUGGUCAGUUCCCAGGUUGGCUGAAGGCUUUGAUGUCAGCACUGAUGUGAUCCGAAGGGUUUUAAAAAGCAAGUUUGUACCCACAUUGGAGAAGAAACUGAAGCAAGAUCAGAAAGUUCUUAAGAAAGCUAGGUUUGCCCACUCACUGCAGCAGAUCCCUGGCUCUGGAGGUACCUCGAAGCCACUCUCUGCAGGCCACUCUGUAUUAGGCCCUUUGCUGAUGCCAGGGGAUAAGGCUUCGUCCAAAGGCCAGAGUCACAGCAUGGCUUUGAAAUUGAUAGAGUCAAAUUGUCAAAGUACAAAUACACCAAGUAGAAAGAAGGGAAGGAAUAGAGGAUUCCAGAAACUGGAGGAGAGUUUUGUGCCUGUCACUGCAGCCCUAGCUCAUCAGAGAGCACUGCAGAAAUGCUCUACCAGUGAUUGUGAGGGUACCCCACGAGCUCACGAUGGAUUGCCAAGCAAUGAGAAGCUGUUGGAGUUGAAGGCAGGGGAACCAGGUGACCAGAAUGUCAGCAACAAAGUAGUGCAGAGGGGGCGGGAGUUCUUCGACAGCAGUGGGAACUUCCUGUACAGAGUUUAAGCAGUGGCUUGGACUGUGGAGGUGCCUCAUGAAACACAACUGGGGGAGUUUAUUUGUAGCCACCUGGAUUUGUGUAUGAAUUAGCCACCUUUAGAGUAGGAGGAAGUGAUGAGCCUGGAAUGUGGCAAGAAAGCUGAUUGGAUAGAUUCAGGCUUCUGGGAGCACUGCUCCCAUCUAACCCCUGGAGACCUUUUCUUAUUUGAGCUCUGUUGAAAACCAACCCAGCUUGCAUGCAUUGUUACUGAGUUUCUGUGAUACUUGCAAUAUAGGUUUGGGAGGAAAUGAAAAGUUUGCCUUCUGACUUCACUUUUUUUUUUUU